AUGGAUAGUACCGAGAAAAACCAGAGCAAGGGUUUUUUUGCGGCGAUGACUUCUAUGUUCGGCAACGCCAUGCAUACAUCUGUAAACGGAUUGCUUGGUUAUGAAGGAAUGGAAAUUAUAAAUCCAGAAGGAGGCAAAGAAGAUGCAGAGGAGGAAGCUCAAAGAGGAAGAUGGAAGCAGGAGGUGGGCAAAAAUAUGGGUUCAUUAACUGAGCCUUUAAGGUCAUUGUACAGGAAAAUCCUGUACAUAUCAAAUAUAUACCGAGUUGUGUCUCAAACUGAAAGCAGGUACAUGUCACAUAUCUGCACAUAUCUUUACUUGAGUUCUCGUUCUGCACAGACCACAGAAGACCUUUUUGAUUUUCAUGAUAGAGACAGUUACUGGAAGAUGAUGCGGGAGUAUGUAGGGUCUGAUGUAACAUCAAUGGUGACACUUCCUGUCCUUAUAUUUGAGCCAAUGACAAUGCUUCAAAAAAUGGCAGAGUUGAUGGAAUACUCCCACCUUCUAGAUCAGGCAGACGAGUGUGAAGAUCCCUACAUGCAAUUGGUAUUUGCUUCAUCAUGGGCUAUCUCUGUCUACUAUGCCUACCAACGCACCUGGAAGCCUUUUAACCCCAUCCUUGGUGAGACUUAUGAAAUGGUCAACCAUAAUGGGAUUACAUUCAUUUCAGAACAGGUGAGUCAUCAUCCUCCAAUGAGUGCUGGACAUGCUGAAAAUGAACAUUUUACAUAUGACGUGACCUCAAAGUUGAAGACUAAAUUUUUGGGAAACUCCCUGGAUGUCUAUCCUGUUGGAAGAACACGUGUAACUCUUAAACGAGAUGGUGUGGUCUUGGAUUUGGUUCCACCUCCUACAAAGGUUAACAAUUUGAUUUUUGGAAGAACUUGGGUAGAUUCACCUGGGGAGAUGGUUAUGACAAAUUUGAUUACUGGGGACAAAGCUGUGCUCUAUUUCCAACCAUGCGGCUGGUUUGGAGCUGGUCGAUAUGAAGUGGAUGGCUACGUGUAUAAUGCAGCCGAGGAACCUAAGAUAUUGAUGACUGGAAAAUGGAAUGAGUCAAUGAGUUAUCAACCUUGUGACAUGGAAGGGGAACCUCUUGCAGGCACAGAAUUGAAAGAGGUUUGGCGAGUUGCUGCUACCCCAGAAAAUGACAAAUUUCAGUAUACAUAUUUUGCACAUAAAAUAAACAGCAUUGACACUGCUCCUAGGAAAUUGUUGGCAUCAGAUUCUCGUUUGCGUCCUGAUAGAUAUGCACUUGAGAAAGGUGAUCUAUCAAAAGCUGGUGCUGAGAAGAGCAGUUUGGAGGAGAGACAGAGAGCUGAAAAGAGAGCUCAAGAGGCAAAAGGCCAUCAGUUUAAUCCAAGAUGGUUCGAUAUGACUGAUGAAAUUACAACUACACCUUGGGGAGACUUGGAAGUCUAUCAGUACAAUGGAAAAUAUACUGAACAUCGGGCUGCUGUAGAUAGCUCCCAUAGCAUUGAUGCAGAUGAUGUCAGAUCCACAGAGUUCAACCCAUGGCAGUAUGUUAAUUUGUCUGCAGAAUGAGGUAAAUCCAUUCUUGUGCAUGUGGUCAGAUUCUUAGAUAUGGACAGAAAUUUUUGGUGUGAUGUGAAAGUAUCUGUUGUUUGUGGCAUGUGUACAUUUGUAUCUCAUUUUAUGUGUGUAUAUUAGAUGAAUCUAGCAAAUUCGCUUUGUUAGACAGUUUCUCCAUGUUCAGCAUUCCUCCUAUUCUACCCUUCUGGUGAAUUACCUCUAUUAUGUCGUAGGAGCAUCUAAUGAUUAUUAUUAUAUCCUGAUGCAAUGUCUCAAUAUGAAUUCUUCACGACCGUCCAACAAAUUGGGAGCAUAUAGGACAUCAUAGCAAGCAACAGAAUCAAUAACAAUAUUCGCAACUAUGGAGAACUUCCCCAGUUUUUACUCGGCACAUCUGACUGUUGGUUGGAUAUUUGUGAAUAGUUUUCUGCAUUACAGGUGUUGUCAUCAAGCUCCGUUUUGAAUUUUUAGAUGGCAUUACCAUUGGACAAUGGGACGGGUCCUUACGAGGAAGAAUCGAUCUGUAACUAAGAAGCUAAAGCAAAUGGAGCUUAUUGAAGCACUUGAGGUCUUUCAUUGUGCUUUUCCAUUGUGUUUGAAGCACUUGAGGUCUUACCUUUGUGCUGUUUCUUGUUGGCCUAGGAUAUAUCUGUUUCUUUUUGGGUUAAUUGUAAAUUGUACCCUGAAAGAUCGUUCGAAUUUCAAUUUGUACCCUCAAAAAUAAAAAUUUACAUCAAUGUGCACCCCUAAAGAUCAAAAAUCUUAAUUUGCACCCUUAAAGAUAAAAAUUUGUAUUAAUGUGCACCUCCAAAAUUAAAAAAUUUUAAUUUGCUCCUUCAAAGAUAAAAAUUUGUAUUAAUGUGCACUUA